CAGACGUCGCGGUGCUCUAUUCUGCUCAACAGUUCUUCGUAGAGAAAAGAAGCAAUGGUCGGUUGCGUCGCACGGGGAGUGUUUAUAAAAUUUUAGUUUCAUAUCAGUUGAAUAAAAUUCGGCUUCGGUGUUGCUGUGAAGAGACUAAAGUUCAAGUCCCAUUCCCGCUUCGAGGAGGUAAAAGGAAAAUAAUCCAUCAAUCGCAUGCACCACAAAAAUGAAUACGGGGCCGACUCCGCCGGAGUGCGCGCUCGCCGCCGAAAUGUUCGACCAUUUCUGCUCGGCGGGCACAAUGAAACAGAUCCUUGGCCUUCAUCGGGAGAUUUGCGCUACAUUGAACCUCAUACCUACUAGACUUCCGGACUUUUAUCCUAAGCUAAAGGCGAAGCUAGCGAGUUCGUGGAAAGCUCAGGCACUGUUCAAAAAGUUUGAUGCCCGGGCCAAUCACAAGGUCUACAGUAAAGGGCGUUCGUGCACAACAACCAAAGUACUCAUCAUAGGCGCCGGACCUUGUGGGCUACGGGCAGCUAUAGAAUGUCAACUUCUGGGUGCUAAAGUUGUGGUGGUGGAAAAGCGUGACCGUAUGUCUAGGAACAACGUGCUGCAUCUGUGGCCUUUCGUUAUCGAUGAUCUGCGGGCCCUGGGUGCCAAGAAAUUUUUCGGCAAAUUUUGUGCCGGAUCUAUAGACCAUAUUAGCAUUCGGCAGUUGCAAUGCAUAUUGAUGAAGGUAGCGCUACUGCUCGGUGUUGAAAUACACGAAGGCGUUGGUUUUGAAGAACUGCUCGAACCAUCGAUUUCUGAAAACUCUGAAAUACUAGGUUGGAGGGCUCGCGUCUCACCAAUCGACAACGUGGUCUCACAGUACGAGUUUGACGUGCUACUCGGUGCCGACGGCAAAAGGAACACGCUGCAAGGAUUCAAAAGGAAAGAAUUUAGAGGGAAACUGGCCAUGGCCAUUACUGCCAAUUUCAUAAAUAGGCACACAGAGCAGGAAGCCUCCGUACCAGAAAUAAGCGGAGUCGCUUUCAUAUUCAACCAGAAAUUUUUCAAGGAGCUUUAUGAAGAGACUGGCAUCGAUUUGGAGAACAUUGUUUACUACAAGGACGACACGCACUACUUCGUGAUGACGGCGAAGAAGCACAGCCUGCUCGAUAAAGGAGUGCUACUAAAGGACUAUGCGGAAGUAUCACGUCUGCUGAGCGUCGAGAAUGUCGAUCGGGCGGCGUUGAUGCGUUACGCGCAGGACGCGGCGCGCUUCUCGACGGACGGGAGGCUGCCGCUCCGGGACUUCGCCCUCAAUCACUACGGGGAGCCCGACGUUGCGCUAUUCGACUUCACUUCUAUGUACGCGGCAGAAAAUGCAAGCAUGGUAUAUGAGAGACUUGGUCGUCGACUUCUCUGCCAGUUGGUCGGAGACAGUCUUCUGGAACCUUUCUGGCCCACUGGCUCGGGUUGCGCGAGAGGCUUCCUUUCAGCUUUGGAUGCAGCCUGGGCAGUGAGGGCCUGGGGUCAGACUCCGACGCCGCAUCCACUUGAAGUUAUAGCCGAGAGGGAAUCUAUAUAUCGACUUUUGGCCCAAACUAUACCUGAGAACUUACAUCGCGAUUUCGGCGCGUACACCCUCGAUCCUGGUACGAGAUAUCCGAAUCUAAACCGACGUGCCGUGACACCCAUUCGGGUCACAUCGUUCUAUGACUCUGACGAUCCUCUGCCCUUGGACGCUGCUCCCAGCAGCAUCAGGAAACGUCGCAGAGAAUCGGAUGUGUCUGACGACGUGCUGUCCGCGUGGGUCGGUUGGUCCGAACCCGGUAUAAGGGCUGCGGUGGGACCAAACGCGCUCUCGGCGUUGCUGAGGAGAUACAGACCUGACUUACUGCCGGCCACGAGUACUCCGCGAUCGGUCUACCAUGUACUGCAUCACGAGUUUGGUAUAGUACCGUUUUCAUCGGGUGGUACGAUGAGAGACGUGUCGGACGCUAAGGUUCGCUCGUACCUGGCUCGUGUAUACAACGCGUUCAAGGGCGAAGUGCCUCACGUGCACCACGAGACGGACGUUUUUGAUCAGAUUAAACUGAGCCAGCAAAAGGAAAAACAUAUCAGGAACACAGCUGAACACUCUCUUUCUAUGUAUGCAAAUGCAGGGGACGCGGACAAAUCACAUUCAAGUUGCAGGAAGAAGAGGCGCUCCCUUCGCUCCUCACAAGUAAGUAACGAUCCAGCCGAGUAUAUAAGGAAAAAGAUCGGCAAGCUAGAUCUAGACGAUAUCACGCAGCUCGCGAGGCUCAUCGAGGGGCACGACGCGGCCACUGACAGCGACUUACGCAUCGACAAACAGAGAGACUUGCAGGAACAGAUCCUCGCCCUCCUCGACCCUGAAGAGUCACCGGACCCCAAAGUUUUGAGGGAAUCGCUCGCGCACCUACUACAGGGUGCCUCUAGAACUCAAGUGCAUCGCGAUCAAUCCGAGAUCGCGCAAUUUUUCCAAGAGAAUUUUGAAAAACCGGUGAAACCACCACGUAGACUUAAAGGUCUCGCCGCUAAUUCAGUGAAGAUUCCGGAUCUAACAGAAUUCGAAGACUCUGCUGAUACUGACGUAACUGUCGUCAAAGUGGAUAUGAAGACACCUCGGGCUGCAUCCGUCGACAGAGAGAAGCUGACCCGAUCGUCGGAGAGUCCUUUUCGUGCGCCAAGAAACAGGCGCUUAUCAGACGUAUUAGAAAAAAGUAAGGACUCUGAGAGCGCCGUCGUCUUCAAGCGAUCUAACUCUAUUGAUUCCGGCGAAGUGGCCAAUACGAGGCGUAUCGCAGAGAUGUUUGAAGGCCAACGAAGAAGAGACACGCCAAGUCCAGACAAGAGAUCAACACGCUCCGCUUCCACUAACCCUGAAAUGGCGUUACGUUUGCAACGAAUGGCUGACAUAAUUGAAGGGAAGAAACGGGACACCCCAAGCCCUGAUAGGGUGAAACACGAAUCGAUCGGCAAUCCUGAGAUGGAGCUUCGUCGUCAGCGCGUCGUCGAUUUGAUUAAAGGACCGAAGCCCUUAGCUCUUGAACCCACUCAACGAAAGAACAAUGCCGAAAUGUCCUUCAGGAUGCAGAGAAUGUCCGAUAUUAUGCAGAAGAAGAACGCUGAAGCGAAACGUCCGAAGACAAUGAGCAGGCGCAAAGCGGCUCGAGAGAUCAUGAAACAACGAUUCGAGAAGAGCGUGCAAAUGUUGGCGGCCGAGCCUCGAUUGGACUUCGCGCCUUCGGCCGACCUCGAAAACGACUACGGUCUGCAGCAGUACCGGGCCAGUGCUCCAGAUUUCGAGGAGCGCGUCAAGAAACUAGAACGGAAGCUGCAGCACUAUGAGGAGGGCCGUAUCGUCGGUGGUGGAGCCCGUACGUCCGGCGGCGGAGACCGAGUCGCCCGUCUCGCGGCCGAACUGUCCGGCGGCCCCACCUGUAGUUUGACGCCGCGACCUUCUAAACCGAAGGACCUGAUGCGUUCAGUUGGCAAGAUCGAAAGGGACGAUUGGAACAUGAAAGAGAUUGAGAGGAAAAUAUUAGAGAACAGACUCGGCAGGCCGGAGCCAAAGACGGCUGAGAAAGUACCAAAGUGGGACAGGGAACAGUUUCUUGGACGGCAAAGACGACUAAAAGAAGGUGACGGAAGCGAGAAAUGGGUAGAAAUUGAUGACACUUUAAACAAACUGAAUCAAAAAUUAAAUGACUCCGGAAGGCCUGACCAUGGAACUAAAAAGGUAGCAAAUUUGGCAACUAAAUUCGUAAAGAAAGACGAAACUGAACAAGACAAGGGACGCCCUAAAGAGGUCAAGCGUGGUUGGCGCGGACCGGCGUCGACGGGUAUGCAAUGCGCCGCCUGUGGAACGCGGGUUUUCGCCGCCGAGGGCGUGACGGCGGAUGGACUGCAUCUACACAGGGCGUGCUUCCGAUGUGCCGUCUGCAAGACGGUACUGCGACCCGGAAACUAUAAAAUGGAACGUUACGGCAACCGUCUCGUCUGUCUCCGGCAUUCGGGAGUCAGCGUGACCGAUGCUGUGGCUGCCGCUUCUGCUUUAGAUGCUCCCCAGCCGACCAGGAGUCAGGCUCCCACGCCCACGCCGGAAAGAAUAAGCAUCGAAUUAUCCGACAGCGGAGCGAGGGAAAUCGACGAAGACGAAUGGACUGACAGGAACUUCCUAGCCAGCGAAACGUCGGGAGCUGGUGGUCUUAGCGAUGAAGAGGAAUCAAGUUCAGAAGAUUACACGGAUGCAGAUGAGGGCGACAACGAAGCUGAUCACUCGCCGGAACCUCAAGGGAUCGCUGAAGUGCGCUCUCCGCGAACAGAUCUCUAUUUUUCUGGUGAUUCAUUCGGUUACGAUGACUAUUCAGAUGACGGAGCGGAAUCAUCAGGGAAUGAGUCGUGCUCGCGAAUGAGGGCUGCCCGGGAGGCUCGGCGUCGCGAAGUGCCGGCCGACAAUCGGCUCCCGACUGACAGCAGCGAGGUGGAGUCAGAAGAGGAGAGUGAAGAGGAGUCAAGUGACGAGGAAGUGUCGUCCGCGACGGAAGUGUCGACUGAUAGCGAAUUCGCUCGCGAAGAAACCGCACCGGUGCCUUCGCUUCCUGCCAUCCUAGUCACGGAGGCUACACCUCCAGCGCCUCCGCCUCCUCAGGACUACCCUCUUAGCAGGACUCGCUCAGCCGGCGGACUCGCAACCAAACGAGCCCUCGAACUCAAGCGAAAGUACCUCUUAGGGGAACCGUCCCCGCCUGCCGUUAGAAAAUCGGACUCCACUUCCCAAAUAGACAAUAAAUUCGAAGCUUUCCGUUCAACUAUAACAGAAUUUCAGAAGUUGCUGCAUCCCGCUCCAGUUUCUUCGAUCGCACAGCCACAGAAACCGAUCGUCAGCUUUCAAACCGCUGAUGGUGAUAUAAAACCGCAGCCAAUGCCCGAUAUCAUUAAGAACUUAUGCAACGACGCGCCCGUCGAUCUCUUAACUAAAAUAGACUCACCGCUCUGCAAAGAUUGGAGCUCUGAUACCCUACACGAAGGCAACAAGGGACGUCUCGACUUAGAAUCGGACUCGCUCUCUGAGGAUUCAUCACACACGGCCACGGCACCGAACCAGGCCGUACCAAGAGUCGAAGUGCACGACGAAGGUGGGGAAUUGAUACAGUUAGAUAGCUUGAUGCUUGUCAACAGUUGUACCGAAGACAACGAUGAGAAAGUAUCAGCUGCAGCCACCGUGACUGGUCCGACAGUCGUGGCUGCAGAGUCAGAAUCUUCAGAGUCGUGUAGAGAUGCCACUACCCUAGCUUUGACCGAAACCGAACUGUCGGACUGGGCGGCCGAGAGUGGAGUAUUAGACGAUUGUGGUUUUGACGAGAAGGACGACAGGAAAAGAAGCAAGAAUCCCAGGACAUUAAGCGGGCCAAAGCUGGUGCACGAAGCCAAGAACAUAUCAGCUGUAGCGUCGCACGUAUGCGGCAAGACGAGCCCCACCGAACCGGUAGUUUAUUCGAACGCGUUAGAACAUUUCGAGUUCGCUGACGAGGGAGAACAAGAUCCGUCCCUCGAAAGCCCCCUCACGCCCAAGAACUACGGCUACAUGGAGCUGGUCGACGACGACUACGCGUAUUCGCCGAGCAACGAUCGUUCCAUGAAUUUCAUCGAAAAAACCUUUUCGGAGACCGUUUUGAAGCCCGCUAGCCAAGAAGUUAGCGUCCGUCAAGAGGAGCCGAUCACCGAAACGAGCGCUGAAAUAGAAGCCGUAUCAGAACCUCAAGGCGAGUUAAAGUCGCCGCCGCACUGCUUAAAGUAUACAGACACCGAUCCAAGCGACAGGUCGACGAGCGAGAAACAAACCAGUGAUAGCAUAACAAACGUAAGCUCAACUCCCGAAUUGAAAAUAGGGAGACUGAGUCUAUCGGAGGUAUCUUCCCCGAUAGAUAAAGUAGAUAAGACUGAGUCGUUAGAGGAGGCCUCGCCGCCGCUGAUCUCCGAGUCAACCAUGUCCAGUAUAAUUCCGAAUUCCAUACCGUUCUCUGGGUCUUGUUCGAUAAGGCUCUAUUCUCCGGCGAUCUGCAGGUCCGCAAGCGAAACCUUCCACAGAUCGAAUUCCCGCAACUUGGAGUCCCCACGAAGCGGUGACGUAUCGAUGUCGAUCAACUUGAGCUCGGCAAGUUCCAUAUCACCAAUGAGUCCCGUGCUGGCGCAGGACACAACUGAUAAAGUACAAGAGAUAAAGCGAGAAAGAGAGGAACAGACCGAGCUGGUGAGACGACUGGUCCUGGAGAGACUCGGCAGCGGUCCUCGUGCGAAUAGGAAAUGCAACCGAAGAAUACGUGCAUCGCCUACAUGCAGCAUGUCUCCACCCGUACCUCCUCCGCCGGUAUUGCCGGAGCCUCCACCGCCGCCACCACCCCCGAGACCUUCUCCUCCCCUUAUGCCUAUACAAGUCACCCCUUCAUUCUCCGACCCAGAACUCGCGAGGGAAAGGCGAAGCAAGGGCAUAAUGAAGAGCAUAUCGAGUUAUCUAAAUCGUAGACUCGGACCGCGACAUAAGUGGGUUUCCGAGCCGGAGCUGACGUGGCACGAACCUCAGCAAAGGAUCACGAACGCUCACAAGUCGACUGGAGCUCUACAGCAGGAGGCGCCACCUGUGCCCCCUCGGCCUGCAGGAUAUAUGCCCCCCACCCCACCGCACGAGCAGCAGUCUCCCCCGCGAGUGCCACCCGGUCCGGCGUGCGACGUAGACGAACGCGACGCUAUGCAGUUGUGGUUCGAAGCUCGAUGGGCGCGUCUAGUGGCUCAGAGACGUGCGCGAGAAGAGCCAAGGGGAGAGUCGACAGCCCGCAGACUAGCGCGACUCGAACGCAGACUAACAAGACCGCUCUCCGCGGAGCAGCAAGCGGCUACAGUCGCGGAGCUAGUGCAAGUGUCAGCGCAGCGUGACGCGCACCAAGCUCUAAUGGCCGCUGACAGGAGACGCACUGCCGCCCGCAGCAGCGUGGGAGAUUAACCCAACGGGACUUGCAUCCGGCUUGGAUGUGAGGAAACGAAACCACGGGAUCGCAACGAUAUUAAAAUUAAUUAAAACACCUCAUGCGCUAUAUAUUUCACUCUUCGUACACAUCCACGGUAAAAGAGCGAAUCUUACAGUUAUUGUCAAUGUGUGUAACAUCUACCCUCGGUAGUUAGAAAAAAAUUUAAAAUUCUUUUUUAUUCUUCUUUUUUACUUAUUUUUAGCGAAAUCUCACCCCAAUUGACUCGUAACUGUAUAAACACAUUCUAUUUAAAAUGUUAUAUAAUAUAUAUAAUAUUAAUAACUGCUUAUGUCAAAGUAGCUUAAUAGCAAUGCAACUGUUAGAUACUUAGAUAAUGAGAACAUAAUAUGUAUUUUAAUUGUUAAGAGCUCUACAUAUUAUUGAACUUUUUGUUGCUUUUUCUAUGUUUCAAACGCAUGUACCGAGAGCUUAGGUGUUACUCAGGGUAACAUUUUUAAAUUUCAAUAAAAAAAUAUCAGUUCGAUUUAAAGUCAAUUUUGUCACAAUCUUUACGAAAUAAAUCGUAACACGCUUUUUUUUUUAUUUGAGGAAAAUUCGAAACAUGACCUGUUUACUGCUUUUAGUGCUUAAAGAGCAUUUAGAAGUUGUUCAAAUCAAUAACUAUAUUAUUAUCAUGUUUUACGUUACUAUUCAUGUUUGACAAAAAUAUGUCCCUGUCUCGCUCGCUCUCUGUUGAUCAGAAGAAGAGGAGAAUACCGACAUGUUAUUAGCUGUAAAUUUAAGGAACGCGUAUGUGUGUAUAUACGUUUUAUUUAGCAAAUGCUACCGGAUAACUCGUAAGCGGUUCAAAAUAUAUGUAAUUUAAUUAUUAUUCUCUAAUAGGAAAUUUUUUAAACGCUCACAUGCAGCUAAGCUCCUUUCUAUAAUCAUCUGCAAGAGAUUUUUUUCAAUUUUGGUUUUAAAAAAAACGAAAGCAGUAUAU